AUGUACUCGCAAGGUGACAAUCCGGGCGACUAUGUGGGCCAAAGAGACGGCCGCACCUACAGGCUACGUGUCGAGCAGCAGCCUGUUCGAGCCCGAAUGUGCGGUUUUGGCGACAAGGAUCGCCGGCCCAUCACUCCACCUCCUUGCAUUCGCCUGAUCGUGUGCGACUCCAAGACGGGGCAGGAGAUUGAUUUCAACGAUGUGGAUAGUACCUUCUUCGUCCUCAUGGUCGAUCUCUGGCACGAGGAUGCUACGCGCGCUGUCAAUCUGGUGCGACAUAGUAGUGCUGCUCCAACCGUCUCAAUAUCCAGCAGUACCGUGACAUCCUAUCCACCGCCGCCGGAGCGGCCCAUGUACAUGCCAACGCCCAUGAUGCCAGCGCCCCUCCAGUACAACCAAUUUGGCCAGCCGAUGCGACCGCCAGUCGACGCCUAUGGCCACCCUGGAAUGCCUACGAGUUACUACGGUGCAGUACCGGGAAGCGCAGGCUACCCAACCUAUGGAGGCUCGAGUGCCUACCAGAAUCCAGUGCAAAUGCCCGUUGCUAUUGCAGCUCCGCCAAUCAACCAGAACCACACGCGAAACCUUAUUGGAAUGAAUGCAGUGAACGCCUGUCGGCUUAACGAUCCAGAUGGCAAGACUGGCUUCUGGUUCGUUCUGCAGGACCUGUCGGUGAGAACGGAGGGGAACUUUAGACUGAAGCUGAGCAUGUGCGAUAUCGGUAUCGGCCAAGGCACCAAUGCUGUCGUUUCUACCGGCAAAAGCCCCGUUCUAGCCACCAGCUUCUCGGCGCCCUUCACAGUCUAUUCAGCCAAAAAGUUCCCUGGUGUCAUUGAGAGUACCCCACUCAGCAAGUGCUUUGCAGGACAGGGCAUCAAGAUACCAAUUCGUAAAGAUGGACCGAAGAAUUUGAGCAAUCAAGCCGAGUUCGAUGCUGACGAGGUAUAG